CCGAAGUCACAGCCACCUGCCCCCGAGAGACACUGGGAAGCCUGGUGUACAUCCACCCAGGCCUGGCCGCCGCCAUUGGAAACAACACCACAGAGAGCCUUGCGGAAUUCCGGCCAAUGUGGUCCGUGCGGCGGUCAGGCCGCACUCGUUCACCAAGCCCUUCCUGCCCGUUUUCCUGGGCAGCCAACCCCUCUAUGGUCCCUUCUUCCCAGGCACCUCCACCGCCCACACCUCUACCCGAUCGGUCCUGAGCUUGGGAAGAGACAUCAUGACAACGUCUUUUGAGAAUCCCAGCUCCUUUGAGGGCCUGUGUGAUAAAGAUCGAGAUGUGUGGUGUUUGAACAAUAAACAGCUUUUCACCACUAAUUGGGCAGAGGUGGAAGGAGACUCCUAUCCUGGGUCACCUCAGUUGGAGUUAGAAGAGGCCAUGAUGCUCUCUGAGUUAAAGAAAGACUCUGAGCUCCUAGUUAAUGCCUCGCCUUGUAUAGCAGAACAUCCAAAAGUGUCUUGUCGAGCAGAAGAUACAUCCAUCCGCCAGGGAGCUGCAGGCUGCUGGAGAAAGCUGUAUUGUGUAAACGGCCACGCUUUUCAAGCCAAACGCUUCAGCAGGCGAGCUCACUGCGCUGUCUGCACAGACCGUGUAGGGGGCCUUGGCCGCCAGGUGUAUAAGUGCACCCGCUGUAAACUCUCGGUGCACAAGAAGUGCCACCGACUUGUCACAGUUCACUGUGGGCAGCGUUCUCUACCAUCAGAGCCCAUGGUGCCAGUGGAUCCGUCAACCACCUCAGGCCCUGCACAGACAGCGAUCCCACAUAAUCUUUCAGGUCAGGAGGCUUUAGAACAAGUUGAUGAAGAGAAUGAGGCAGGGAACACUGGGGAAAGUGGCAAAAUUUCACCUGGUUUAGGUCUUCAGGACUUUGAUUUGCUCAGCGUGAUUGGCAGAGGAAGUUAUGGGAAAGUCCUAUUGGUCAACUGAAAAAAAUCAGAUCGUAUGUAUGCGAUGAAAGCAGUGAAAAAAGAGCUUGUCAAUACUGACCGGGUAAGGACAGAGAAGCACGUUUUACAGCAGGCAUCUGAUUGUCCGUUUCUAGUUGGACUGCAUUCCUGCUUCCAGACAGAAAGCAGACUGUUCUUUGUUCUAGACUAUGUAAGUGGGGGAGAUCUGAUGUUUCAUAUGAGGCAACAAAGAACACUUCUUGAAGAACAUGCCAGAUUUUACUCUGCAGAAAUCAGUCUAGCAUUUAACUAUCUCCAUCAGUGAGGGAUACUGUACAGAAAUUUGAAACCAGACAAUUUAUUACUUGACUCAGAAGGGCACAUUAAACUGUCUGAUUACUGUAUUUGUAAGGAAGGCUUAGAGCCGGGAGACACGACCAGCACUUUCUGUGACACUCCUAAUUACCUGGCUCCAGAAAUUGUAAGAGGGGAAGAGUAUGGCUUUGGUGUGGACUGGUGGACUCUUGGAGUGCUGAUGUACGAGAUGAUGGUUGGGGAGUCUCCAUUCCAUCUUGUUGAGAGCUCUGACAACUCUGACCAAAAGUCUAACAAUAAUCUCUUGGAAGUUGUUUUGCAAAGAAAAAUUCACAUACUUCAUUAUUUGUCCAUAAAAGCUGCAAGUGUUCUGAAGAGUUUUCUGAACAGGGACCCAGUGGAACGACUGGGUUGUUGUCCUCAAAGGGGAUUUGCUGAUGUCCAGGGGCAUCCAUUCUUUCAAAAUAUUAACUGGGAGAUGAUGGAGCAAAAGCAGGUGGUGUCUCCCUUUAAACCAAAUAUGUCUGGGGGACUUGGUCUGGACAACUUUGAUUCUCAGUUUACUAAUGAACCUGUCCGGCUCACCCCAGAUGAUAAUGACAUCAUGAGGAAGAUUGAUGGGUAUGAAUUUGCAGGUUUUGAAUAUAUCAAUCCUCUUCUGAUAUAUGAAGAAGAGUGGGUCUGAUCCUCGUUUUUCAAGUGUGCAUUCUCUGCUUAUGUUGCCAUUUAAUGCUUGGAAAAACUUGUCACCACCUAGGAUUCAAUUAACCAUUUUAUAGUUGUCUAGAAGCUAAUUUUAAGUUUUUCAUGUGGUCAUAUUUAGAUCUAAUAAUUGACUCUUAGUCGAUAGCAGAGAAUAUAGAAUUAUUUGUUGAUAGAGUUGCUUUUUAUGAACUGAAUUGACAGUGAGGCAGUUGCUUGUUAACCACACUUGUAUACACAUUCUGUUUUUGAGUGAGACGUAGUGCCUCAUCUUUUUUCUUUUUUAUUUAUGAUACAAGAAAACAACUUGUGUUUUAAGUAGAAUGUCUAACGUAUGCUAGUUUCUCUCCAAACCACAUUACUUGUACUUUUGGAGCUCAGUUUAUAUGUAGUCUU